AAUCCGCUUCCGCCGCCAGGACCGGAAGUAGUAAGCCGAGCCCUCACUGCGCCUCUCUGUCGGCGCAGCUGGAAGAUGAAGCACAACUCGAACGUCCCAGGUUUCCUCACGAAGCUGUGGACGCUGGUGGAGGACGCGGACACCAAUGAGUUCAUCUGCUGGAGUCAGGAGGGCAACAGCUUCCUGGUGUUGGACGAGCAGCGCUUUGCCAAGGAGAUCCUCCCCAAGCUCUUCAAGCACAACAACAUGGCCAGUUUCAUCAGGCAGCUCAACAUGUAUGGAUUCCGUAAAGUACUGCACAUGGACACAGGCAUAGUGAAGCAGGAGAGAGACGGUCCAGUGGAGUUCCAGCACCCCGACUUCAGACAUGGACAGGAUGACCUGCUGGAGAACAUCAAGAGGAAGGUUUCUAAUGCUCGGCCAGAGGACAACAAGAUUCGACAGGAAGACCUGACCAAGAUCUUGGCGAGUGUGCACAGUGUUCACAGCAAACAGGAGAACAUCGAUGCCAGGCUGGCAACACUCAAGAGGGAGAAUGAAGCUCUGUGGAGGGAGAUCUCCGAUCUGAGACAGAAACAUGCUCAUCAGCAACAGCUCAUCAAAAAGCUGAUACAGUUCAUCGUCACACUGGUACAGAACAACCGCAUCCUGAAUUUAAAACGCAAAAGGCCACUUCUGAUGAACAGCAGUGGAAAGAAGCCCAAAUACAUUCAUCCGAUCUAUGAUGACAAAGUGUGUGUGGAACAGUCAUCUGUCAACAGUGUGAAGGGCUCUGAGGUUUCAGAUGAUGUCAUCAUCUGUGACUUGACUGAGAAUGAUCCUGAGGUCACAGAGGGGUCACCUAGGGCCCAUGAGAUGGGUGAUGCCGAGGUUGUGGAGGUGGAGCUCGCCAGUUGUGCGGUGCUGCAGGCUGAGACGGAGUCGAGCACAUCCUGCACAGACGGCAAACUGACGGAGGCUAGUGUGGCAGCAGACGGCAGCUCCCUGCAGCUCAAUAAACCCUCAGGCCUGAGUCUGGAGGACCCUAUGAAGAUGAUGGACUCCAUUCUGAACGAGAACGGAGUGAUUUCACAGAACAUCAACCUACUUGGCAAGGUGGAGCUGAUGGACUAUCUCGACAGUAUUGACUGCAGUCUGGAGGAUUUCCAGGCCAUGCUUUAUGGAAAACAGUUUGGCAUGGAUUUUGAUGCCAUAGAGGAGAGUGUGUCCUACAAAGAGAACAGUGCACAGCUGAACAGAGGCAGGACGGGAGAAGACAACACAGAUAAGCAGUUGGUCCAAUACGCCUCCUGCCCCCUGCUGGCCUUCUUCGAUGGCUGCACCCCUCCGUCAGAGCUGGACCCAGGCACCAGCAGCAGCAGCAGCACCAGCAGCUCCUCCCAGCCCUCCUCCAGCUCCAGCCAUCUGCCCUCAGAGCUGCUGGACACCAGCCUGGAGUCGAGACCGCCGAUCCGCAGCUCCUUGAUCCGCCUGGAGCCUCUGACGGAGGCGGAGGCGAGCGAGGAGACGCUCUUCUACCUGUGUGAACUGAGUCCUGCUGGACUGGAGGCAGACUCCGCCCAGCACUGUUAGUUCACUGGUGUGUGUGUGUGUGUGUGUGUGUGUGUGUGUGUGUGUGUGUGUGUGUGUGUGUGUCUGUGUGUGUCUGUGUGUGUGUGUGUGUUGAGAAGCAGUAACACAAGAUGCAGUUUGUCCCAUGUAAGACUUCUGCAUUGAGUUUCGUCAAAUACAAUAAUAGUUAUUAGUUCAUAAACCUCUACAGAUCUCUGUAGGAACUCUCCUUCUGUGUCAGCAAUAUUCCAGCUAAUUAUUUUUUCUGUACUUCCAUAGUCAACACUGUAGUUGUCUUCAUCCCCUUCAUUAAAUUCAACCAAGCUGCACACUCCUAGAUGUCAAUCCCCUGAGUACCUGAUAUUUUUCUUGUAGAGUGGAAUCUGUCCUGUCUGACAAUGUUGAAGAAAAGUUACUAGUUAUUCUGUGUAAUCCUGCUGACAACAGACAGCGAGGUGUCACUGCCACUUGUAGAAUCAGAGUGGUGUUGUUCUGUCCCUGGAUCCUCUCUCCAUUCAUCUACUGUACACUGUGGGAACAAACAUGCAACUAAAGUUUGAUCUGUCUGAAAAA